CCUGGGGAGAACAUGCCUGGGGAGAACAUCACUGCUCUUGGCCCACAGCCUCAGAGCUGUUGUGUCUCUCCCGCUCCUUCAGGAGCCCACCAUAGGCCUGGCCAGCAGCGUGCAAUGCCUCUCUUUGGGAACUCCUUCAGCCCGAAGAAGACCCCCCCCAGGAAAUGGGCCUCGCUGUCCAACCUGCACCUGCUGGAUAGAUCCACCCGUGAGGUUGAGCUGGGCCUGGAAUACGGCACCCCCACAAUGAACCUUGCUGGCCAGAGCCUGAAGUUCGAAAAUGGCCACUGGGUUUCAGAAUCAGGAGGCUUCCUGGGGGAUCGCAGGGAACUGCAGCGCUUGCGCAAACGAAACCAGCAGCUCGAGGAAGAAAACAACCUACUUCGGCUGAAAGUGGACAUUCUGCUGGACAUGCUCUCUGAGACCACUGCCGAGUCCCACCUCAUGGAGAAGGAGCUGGAGGAGCUGAAGCAGCACAGCCGGAGGAAGAAGUGAACAAGAGAUGGCCAGCUGGUUCUGGGUCUUGGCCCACGGGAUGCUGGGGCUGGCUCGGGCCUCCCAGCCAUGAUGGUACUGUGUGAGGUACUUUGUUUCACGGGACCACGAGUGCCGAGAUGCCUCCAGUGCUGUGUGGUGCUGUGGGUACUGCUAAUGGCUGGUUUGGCACCACAGCGCUGUUAAUUAACAUGAUUUUCCUCAGAGCACUUUACCUUGCUACGUUUGCUCAGCGCAGCCCAGCACAGGUACCCUCCUCUCUGAGGCAGCCGGACAGCCGGUGGUCGGGCAGAUCUAUUUCCGAGAGGGCUCCUGCUCGCCUUCUCUGGUCACCGAAGAGGGGAGACCUCUGCCUCUCCCCCACCGCGGGGAGCCCGUGGGUGCUUGUACAAACCUCACCGUCUGCCUUGGGCGAGCAGGAUGCUGGAUUUGCCCGUUCUCGAGAGUUUUGCAUAUUUGUUAUAAAACCUUGCAAUUAA